UACUCAAUGGUGGAGAGGUGUGAGAAGCAGAAAAGGCCUCAGUUGCGUGUAAGCACUGUUCAGCAAUUAAAAAGAUAUCCCUGAAUUAUGAACACUGUUUUCAGAACAAAUCCAAACCAUAGCUUCAUAGUAGCUACUAUGAAGAAAAUUAACUCUACUCCAGACAAAACCAGCAUGAUAUGUGGGAAUACAAAGAGGACAAAGCAGAUAAAUUACUUCCUCUUUCCAACACUGUAAUUGUGAUGCUCAGAGCAGAAGUCUUUCACUCAGCAGCCACUACUUUCUUUUGCUGCUCUGGGAACAUAUAGACUCCUGCAGUAAGAUGAUUUACUUUUUUUUUUUUUUUUUUGAGCAUGAGCUACCUUAAACAAACAGCUUUCUCAUUGAUUGCUUCAAAACAACUCGAGUUAGAUAUCAAGAGGAAGGAGUGUUCUGCCUCCAGCUGGAGGAUGCUUUCCUCAAGGAGGCAAGUGUUCUCUGUGCAGCUGCAUGCCAAGCCUUCCUAAAUAUGCCCUAAUGCCAACUGUAACUGCAUAGGAAGACUAAGAAAUGCAUAUGUGUUUGUUAGGGGGCUCUGAUUUUAGACAGGACAAACCUAAAACAAACAAAAAAACCCCACAAACCACACCACACUAACCAGUAACGCGUGGCUUAGGCCAGGUUGCCUGCCACGCUGGGCGGGUCAUGGGCGUCCCUCAGGCCAGGCCGGGCCGGGCCGGGCCGCGCCGCGCCGCGCCCUGCCCCCUCACACGGGAGCUACAGCAGGCACUAGGAGCGGCACCGGCCCCAGCGGCCGUUCGCUGCUGCGGCGGGGCAGGUGGGCACCUGCUGCCUCCGGGCCCUGCAGUAUCCGGCGCAACUAAGGAAGCCGCUUGAACUCCGCCAUGCCCUCCAAGCAGCCCUUCCUGCUGCCAUUGUCCCGGCGGCGCUGUCCCCUCCCGACUGUUGCUCCUCCUCCUCCCCGCUCUGUCCCAGGGCGCAGGACUGACAUCACGCCCAGGGUUUCCAUCCAACUAAGGGAGGAGGAGGUUGAGCGGAGUGGCGGCGUGAUGGCGGUGGUUGGGAGAACAUAAGAAAAGGCGGCGGAGCAACAGAGCACUUACUCACCAGGGUUCUCCCUGCCCGGUUUGGGGCCCUAUUGUUCAAGCCGGUGAGGGCUGCAGGCGAGCCCACCGCGUGGGGCUGUAAGGAGCCGGCGGCCCAGACCUUGUGGCGGCCGCAGGAGCAGCCUCUGACCCUAGGUUGCAGCACAGACCUCUUCGUGGGGUGUAGCGCCGCCUCGGACCAGGGCAGCCCUAGGAAAGCCAAGCCGGGCGCACGCACGCAGGUAAUUUGGGAAAAAUCUUGCAGAGAACAGUUGAGUAAAAAAGUCACCUGGAAAACAGAGUACCAAGAAGUAAUUUCUUGACAUCUGCCUUCUAACCUGAGUGGACUUCUAUUUAUCUUUUAAACUUCCUAAUACUUACAAUGAAUGGGCACAGUGAUGAAGAUAUUGUAAGAAACAGUAGUGGAGAGUCAAGCCAGUCGGAUAAUGAUUCUGGGUCAGCAUCAGAUUCUGGAUCUGGUUCAAGUUCUGGAAGCAGUAGUGAUGGAAGUAGCAGUCAAUCAGGUAGCAGUGACUCUGAAUCUGGUUCAGAGUCUGACACAUCUAGAGAGAAGAAACAAGUUCAAGCUAAACCACUACCAAAAGUUGAUGGAUCUGAGUUUUGGAAGUCCAGUCCAAGUAUCCUUGCUGUGCAGAGAUCAACAGUGCUCAAGAAGCAACAACAGCAGAAGGCACCCUCAUCAGACAGUGGUUCAGAAGAGGAUUCGUCGAACAGUGAAGACUCUGCAGAUGACUCUUCCAGUGAAGUCAAGAAGAAAAAACAUAGAGAUGAAGACUGGCAAAUGUCUGGGUCAGGGUCAGUGUCAAGAACUAGUUCUGAUUCUGAAUCAGAUGAAGAUAGAGAGAAAAGCAGUUGUGAAGAUAGUGAAUCUGACUAUGAGCCAAAAAACAAGGUCAAAAGCCGGAAACCUCCAAGCAGAAUUGAGCCAAAAAGCAGCAAAAAGAUUGCAGGACAGAAAAAGAGGCAGCUUGAUUCAUCGGAUGAUGAUGACUACGACAAGAGAGUAUCUCGUCGCCAGGCAACAGUCAAUGUUAGUUACAAAGAAGCUGAAGAAACCAAGACAGAUUCUGAUGACUUGUUGGAAGUUUGUGGAGAAGAUGUCCCACAGACUGAAGAAGAUGAAUUUGAAACUAUAGAGAAGUUUAUGAAUAGUCGAAUUGGCCGAAAAGGAGCUACUGGUGCUGCAACCACCAUCUAUGCAGUUGAGGCAGAUGGUGACCCAAAUAUGGGGUUUGAAAAGUCAAAGGAGCUAGGAGAAAUGCAGUAUCUUAUUAAAUGGAAAGGCUGGUCGCACAUCCAUAAUACAUGGGAAACUGAGGAAACACUGAAACAACAAAAUGUUAAAGGAAUGAAGAAACUGGACAACUAUAAGAAAAAGGAUCAGGAAGCAAAACGCUGGCUGAAAAAUGCUUCUCCAGAAGACGUGGAAUAUUAUAACUGCCAGCAGGAACUUACAGAUGAUCUACAUAAACAGUAUCAAAUAGUGGAGAGGAUAAUUGCUCAUUCAAAUCAGAAAUCAGCAGCUGGUUAUCCAGAUUACUAUUGCAAAUGGCAAGGUCUGCCUUACUCAGAAUGUAGCUGGGAAGACGGUGCUCUCAUUGCCAAAAAAUUUCAGGCAUGUAUUGAUGAGUAUUUUAGCAGAAACCAAUCCAAGACCACUCCAUUUAAGGACUUCAAGAUUUUAAAACAGAGGCCGAGGUUUGUUGCGCUAAAGAAGCAACCAUCUUAUAUUGGAGGACAUGAAGGUUUAGAGUUAAGAGAUUAUCAGUUAAACGGACUGAACUGGCUUGCUCACUCAUGGUGCAAAGGGAAUAGUUGUAUUCUUGCAGAUGAAAUGGGUCUGGGUAAAACAAUACAAACGAUUUCUUUUCUGAACUACCUGUUUCACGAACAUCAACUGUAUGGGCCUUUCUUGCUAGUCGUGCCACUUUCUACCUUGACAUCUUGGCAAAGAGAAAUUCAAACUUGGGCUCCUCAGAUGAAUGCUGUGGUUUACUUAGGAGAUAUAACUAGCAGAAAUACGAUAAGAACUCAUGAAUGGAUGCAUCCACAGACCAAGCGAUUAAAAUUUAAUAUACUUCUAACAACUUAUGAAAUUUUGCUGAAGGAUAAGUCAUUCCUUGGUGGUCUGAAUUGGAUAUUUAUAGGAGUCGAUGAAGCUCAUCGUUUAAAAAAUGAUGAUUCCCUUCUGUACAAGACUUUAAUAGACUUUAAGUCUAAUCAUCGUCUUCUUAUUACUGGAACCCCUCUGCAAAACUCCCUUAAAGAGCUUUGGUCUUUGCUGCACUUCAUCAUGCCAGAAAAGUUUUCUUCCUGGGAAGUUUUUGAAGAGGAGCAUGGCAAAGGGAGAGAGUUUGGUUAUGCAAGUCUUCACAAAGAACUUGAACCAUUUUUACUUAGAAGAGUUAAAAAAGAUGUAGAAAAGUCUUUACCUGCUAAGGUUGAACAAAUUUUGAGGAUGGAAAUGAGUGCAUUGCAGAAGCAAUAUUACAAGUGGAUUUUAACCAGGAAUUAUAAAGCCCUGAGUAAAGGUUCAAAAGGCAGUACCUCAGGCUUUUUGAACAUUAUGAUGGAACUCAAGAAGUGUUGUAACCAUUGCUACCUCAUUAAACCACCGGAUGAUAAUGAAUUCUAUAAUAGACAGGAGGCCUUACAGCAUUUAAUACGUAGCAGUGGGAAACUAAUCCUUCUUGACAAGCUACUAAUUCGCCUACGAGAACGUGGCAACAGAGUACUGAUUUUCUCUCAGAUGGUGAGGAUGCUAGACAUCCUAGCAGAGUAUUUGAAGUAUCGUCAGUUUCCCUUUCAGAGACUUGAUGGAUCAAUAAAAGGGGAAUUGAGGAAACAAGCAUUGGAUCAUUUUAAUGCAGAAGGCUCAGAGGACUUCUGCUUUUUGCUGUCUACCAGAGCUGGAGGAUUAGGUAUAAAUUUGGCAUCUGCUGACACUGUAGUUAUAUUUGAUUCUGAUUGGAAUCCACAGAAUGAUCUGCAGGCGCAGGCUAGAGCUCAUAGGAUUGGACAGAAGAAACAGGUUAAUAUUUAUCGGCUAGUCACAAAAGGAUCAGUAGAAGAAGAUAUUCUUGAAAGAGCCAAGAAAAAGAUGGUGUUAGAUCACUUAGUAAUUCAGAGAAUGGAUACUACAGGGAAAACCGUACUACAUACAGGCUCUACUCCCUCCAGCUCAACACCUUUUAAUAAGGAAGAGUUGUCAGCAAUUUUGAAGUUCGGUGCUGAGGAACUUUUUAAAGAACCUGAAGGGGAAGAAGAGGAGCCUCAGGAAAUGGAUAUAGAUGAAAUCCUGAAGAGGGCUGAAACUCGAGAAAAUGAACCAGGCCCGCUGACUGUAGGAGAUGAGUUGCUUUCACAGUUCAAGGUAGCUAACUUUUCCAAUAUGGAUGAAGAUGACAUUGAGUUGGAACCAGAACAAAAUUUAAGAAACUGGGAAGAAAUCAUUCCAGAAGUCCAGCGGCGACGAAUAGAAGAGGAGGAAAGACAAAAAGAGCUUGAAGAAAUAUAUAUGCUCCCAAGGAUGAGAAACUGUGCAAAACAGAUCAGCUUUAAUGGAAGUGAAGGGAAAUGCAGUAGGAGGAGAAGAUAUUCUGGAUCUGAUAGUGACUCAGUCUCAGAAAGAAAACGACCAAAAAAACGUGGAAGACCUCGAACUAUUCCUCGAGAAAAUAUUAAAGGAUUUAGCGAUGCAGAGAUUAGGCGGUUUAUCAAGAGUUACAAGAAAUUCGGUGGCCCACUUGAAAGGUUAGAUGCUAUAGCUAGAGAUGCUGAGCUAGUUGAUAAAUCUGAGAUGGACCUUAGACGUCUGGGAGAACUUGUACAUAAUGGAUGCAUUAAGUCUUUAAAGGACAAUUCCUUUGGACAAGAAAGAGCAGGAGGUAGAUUUGGGAAAGUUAAAGGCCCAACAUUUCGAAUAUCAGGAGUGCAGGUGAAUGCAAAGCUAGUCAUUUCUCAUGAAGAAGAGUUGGCACCGUUGCACAAAUCCAUUCCUGCAGAUCCAGAAGAAAGGAAAAGAUAUGUCAUCCCAUGCCACACCAAGGCAGCUCAUUUUGAUAUAGAUUGGGGUAAGGAAGAUGAUUCCAAUCUGUUAAUAGGUAUCUAUGAAUAUGGCUAUGGCAGCUGGGAAAUGAUAAAAAUGGAUCCUGAUCUCAGUUUGACACAGAAGAUUUUACCUGAUGAUCCAGAUAAGAAACCCCAGGCCAAGCAGUUGCAGACCCGUGCAGAUUACCUCAUUAAAUUACUGAAUAAAGACCUUGCAAGAAAAGAAGUGCAAAGACUUACUGGUGCAGGCAAUUCAAAGAGGAAGAAAACAAGAAGUAAGAAUAGAGCAACAAAGGCUGCAAAAAUUAAAGAAGAAAUAAAAAGUGACUCCUCAUCACCACCCUCAGAAACCUCUGAUGAAGAUGAUGAGUAUAAUGAGGAUAAGAUUGUUUCAGUGAAACGUCCACAUAAAAAAAUUAAAGCAAAAGAAGAAAAUGAAGAAAAGCCUGAGCCAGAUACUGGUAUAAAGAAGGAAGCUGAAGAAAAAAGAGAGACAAGAGAAAAAGAAAACAAGAGGAAUCUGAAAAGGGAGAAAAAAGAAAAAGAUGAUAAGAAAGAAUUUAAAAAUAUUAAAGAAAAGAGAGAAAACAAAGUAAAAGAAUCCAUACAGAAAGAAAAAGAAGUAAAGGAAGAAAAGGUAAAUGAAAUCAAAUCAGAAAAUAAAGAAAAAAAUAAAAAAGUUUCAUUGUUGGAUAUUCCAGUUCAUAUUACUGCAACUAGUGAACCAGUUCCAAUAGCAGAUGAAUCUGAGGAACUGGAUCAGAAGACAUUCAGUGUGUGCAAAGAAAGAAUGAGGCCUGUCAAAGCAGCAUUGAAACAAUUGGAUAGACCAGAGAAAGGCCUUUCUGAAAGGGAACAGCUGGAGCAUACUAGACAGUGCCUAAUCAAAAUUGGGGACCACAUUACUGAAUGUCUAAAGGAGUACACAAAUCCUGAACAAAUUAAACAGUGGAGAAAAAACUUGUGGAUUUUUGUCUCUAAGUUUACAGAAUUUGAUGCCAGAAAGCUGCACAAGCUGUAUAAACAUGCAAUCAAAAAACGCCAAGAAUCUCAGCACAGUGACCAGAAUAUUAGCAACAACGUGAAUACACAUGUAAUUAGAAAUCCAGAUGUUGAAAGACUGAAGGAGAAUACAAACCAUGAUGACAGUAGCAGGGACAGUUCUUCUGACAGAUAUUUGUCACAGUACCAUGAUCAUCAUAAGGACAGGUACCAGGGAGAUGCUUAUAAGAAAAGUGACUCAAGGAAAAGGUCCUAUUCAGGCUUCAGCAAUGGAAAAGACCACAGAGACUGGGAUCACUAUAAACAAGACAGCAGAUACUAUAGUGAUAGUAAACAUAGAAAGCUGGAUGACCACAGGAGCAGAGAUCACAGGUCAAACCUGGAAGGAAGUUUAAAAGACAGUCGGCCUCAUUCAGAUCACCGUUCCCAUUCAGACCACAGGAUACAUUCAGAUCACCGUUUCACUUCAGAGUACAGCCAUCAUAAAUCUUCCAGAGAUUAUAGGUACCACUCAGACUGGCAAAUGGACCACAGAGCUUCUGGUAGUGGCCCAAGGUCACCAUUAGAUCAGAGGUCUCCUUAUGGUUCAAGAUCUCCUAUAGGACACAGAUCUCCAUUUGAACACUCAUCAGAUCACAAAAGUACACCUGAACAUACAUGGAGUAGCUGGAAAACAUAACAAAGACUGACAUUUUCUGGACCUUCUUUUAGCCAUAUACAGUAAACUAACACAAUAAUUGCCUUAUGUGACUUGAAAAAUAUGGACUGGAUAUUCUGUCACUAGCAGUAUUGUUACUUCUUUCCAGGAUGCAAGGUCUAUUAUCCCAACAAUAGAAAAAUAUUUUUGUAUUUAAAAUUUAUGCUGCACUGUGCUGCAAAUGUUGUGGCAGGUGGGGGGUUUUUUCCCCUCUUUAAGAAAUGGAAAAUGUUUACUUUUACAGGGACCUCAACACUGCCCUAUUCAGACUGGAUCUCAUAAAACUGUUUUUACAGUGAACACAGUUUAAAUCAUGUUUGCAAAUGAAUUUUUAAAAACUGACCUGUGAUCAUGUUUCAGGGAGAAAUGAGGAGUUUGUUUUGUUUUCUUAAAAAAGAAUUCUCAAGGACAUUUGUUCACUUUUCAAAGCUAUUUAUUUACAUUGUACGCUGCAACCACCUUGCUGCUUUUCAUCACAAGCUUGAAUAUUUAAGUUCUGUAUCUAUAAUUGUAAAAUAGCCAGGAUUUCUCCUGUUUGUGAUCAGUUGUAAUAAUGCCAUUUUUCAAAAUAAAAUAAAUGGCUGAAAAUUUUUGCAAACCAAUUCAAUGAGAUUUUUUUUUUCCUUGUUCCUUUCCCCACCUACUCAGUCCUUCUUAUCACAGAGUCAGUAUGCUAACACUUUUUAAUAAAAUAUCUUUAUGAAAUCACUGUUCAGAAUGCAAAAAUGGGGACAGGAACUUUUUUAUUCCAUUUAGUGUCCCCUUUUUAUCGCAUGCUUCAGAUACAUGUUUUGGAUUUGUUUUUCUAUUAAACUGUCAAUAUUGUGAUUUGUUGUAAUGAAAUGUUGGGAAAUAUUAAGCUAAACUGUGAUCUGAAAAGUUUUUUUCAGUCCAUAGGUUUUAAAGAAGGAGUGUUCAAUAUCUGAACACUUUUGAAUCCAAAUCAGACAAAAUUUAUUGGAAAUUUAUUGUUUUCCCUCUUGAAAUGGGCAAUAAUGUCAAAUGUGCUAUGCAGCCAGUUAAUAUGUUAGAUUUUAAUGGCUUUCUACUACUAGAAUUAUUACAAUACACGCUGAUUGUACAUAGAUAACUUCUGUCUGACAAAUUAAAUUUAAAAUUAAAUGUGAGCUCAUGUUUUCUGCUGGUGUUUUUCUACAGCAUACAUCUUUCUCAUUUAACCAUAAAAAUAUUAAACUCUAAGUACUAAAUACACAACAUAAUUAGGGAAGAUAAAUGUCUACCCCGGCAUCAUGUGGUUGGAGCUAAUAUGUUGCUCCAAUUUUAAUUCAUCUUGCAAUGUGUUGAGCAUUUUUUUCCAAUUAACCAGGGUUACAUGAAAGCAUUAAAACUCAACCAAAACCUGUUCAGAGUACCUGUCUGUUAUGAUCUCACUAUAGGCACAGCUGCUGCACAUUCUAAGUUAAUAUCAUUUAGCCAAGUACAUUUAAGCUAAUUUAUUGUAGGCUUCAACUCAGAUAAUUAAUGCUUCUUCAUUUCUUAGCUGUCACCUUCCCAGGUUUGGGAGGCUUUUGAACUCUGCUUUUGAGCUUAAUUACUGAAGCAGUGUUUAGCUAGUGGUGGCUAGUAAGGUCGUGUGUGUGUGCUAUGCAUCUUCUUCUAGUGGUGAAAAUCUAGAAGUUGGAGCAUCCACAUCCACUGCCUAGAUCUUAUAGUUUGGAUAGUGAGCUGGAAUCUUGGAUCCACUAUAACACAUCAGUAGAGCAGUCCUACUAAGUCUGCUUUACUAUCAGUAUAACUAGACAGAACAUAGUUGGUGGCUUUGGUUAGAAUCUUUGCUAAUUAGUAUAUUUAGGUUGUGUUAACUUUAAUAAUGUUAUAGCAGUUUAAGACUACUGAACACAGAGGGGAAUGAAGUUUGAUGGUAGAGGUGUUCUCUGUGGCUUAUGAGACUUAUGGGAUUCUCCUUAAUAGUAGGAUAUGCACCAUAUUCUCUGCAAAUAAACCAUUUAUAAUUCAUUUUUCUUGCAUGCAGAUGUGGUGGUUGGACCUUGGCUGGAUACCAGGUGCCCACCAAAGCUGGUCUAUUGCUCCCCCUCCUCAACUGGACAGGGGAGAGAAAAUACAACAAAAGGUUCAUGGGUUGAGAUAAGGACAGGGAGAGAUCAGUCACCAAUUGCUGUCAUAGGCAAAACAGACUCGACUUGGGGAAAUUAAUUGAAUUUAUUACCAAUCAAAUCAGAAUAGGAUAAUGAGUGUAAAGUAAGAUAGGCAGGUAUCCCCAGAAAUGUCAAGGUAGUGGAAAAAAUUCAAAAGUUUAUUUAGAAGGUCAGAACAUGGGAAACUUACAAAUACCUGACAGUCCUGUUUAAGCACUGGACCCUAGGGAGAAAAAGACAAACCUCCUGUUCGCUCACAGGCUGGCUCCCCCAACUCUCCCCAGGCCACCACGUCCCUGUAGCAUUUCUGCAAAUGUUAUCUCUCUCCUCUCACAUAUCAGAGAGGGAGGCUGAGAACUUCUCUUGCUAUGCGGCAGGGGGGGAAAAGCAUUGAAACUGCCUUUGAGAAAGUUACCUUUUAGGCAGAAAGCCUUCCUAAGCAAAAACAGGUUUUAGCUUUCCUGUUACAAUAGAUUGGUUUUGAUUUAAAAGUGCUAAGUACACACUGUACAGAUCUAAUAGACUAUCAAAAGCAAGGAAAUUCAGGUGGAAGCUGCCAAUACAUCUUUCAUUUGCUCUGUUUCAUAUACUCAAAGUUUCUCAGAGUGCAGGCUUUAAGACAAGAGCUAUAAAGUAUACCUGCAGAUAUUAGGAAGAAAUUCUUUACUGUGAGGGUGGUGCAGCACUGGAACAGGUUGUCCCGAGAGGUUGUGGACUCCCCAUCCCUGGAAGUGUUCAAGACCAGGCUGGAUGGGGCUCUGAGUAACCUGGUCUGGUGGAAGGUGUCCCUGCCCAUGGCAAGGGGGUUGGAACUAGAUGAUCUUUAAGGUCCCUUCCAACCCAAACCAUUCUAUGAUUCUAAAAAGGAUGUGGAUGAGGUGCUCCAGGCACCAGAGCAGACAUUCCUAUGCAGACUAUGGUGAGGUAGGUUGUCCCCCUGCAGACCAUGGUGGACCAUGGUGGAGCAGGUAUUCACCUGCAGACCAUAGAGGACCCAAUGCUGGAGCAGUCCCUUCCUGAAAGACCUCACUCACCAUGCUUUGGUUCACAUCUUGGACUGCAUAAAAUGGUUCCUUUCAGAUAAAACUAAAUCAAAAGAGCAUAUAAUACACUCCAAUGGCUGAUGAAUGUUUGGUCUAUUUGAACUUAUCCAAAGCAAAAUCCUUCAAAAUGUGCGGGGUGGGCACUAGAUCUUCAGAACCAAAGAUUUCACUCUACAUUUCUGCUUCCACUGGGCCACAUAGAAGAAAUAUCCUAAUACUUUUUUGAACAUAAGUCCAUUAUUUGUUUCAUAUUUCAUAAUUGUGAAAUUAGACAUUUUACCAUGGAAUCAAAACCCAGAAGUAGAAAGCGUUUCCAUUUGCAAGGCUGCAUUUUUUUCUUCUUUUGGUAAACAGUCACAUCACGAUUAUCAGGUUUUCUUAAUAGAUCAUCAAUAAAAAAAUAAAGCAAGUAGAGGAAGCUAAACAAUAAUCCACAAACUUACAAGGGUUAGAUGAAUCUCUGCUGACAAAGAAGAAACUCUUAUCUUGUUUGUCAGUGAACAUGCAUGUCUACUUGUAGAAAGCUUUCAAAGAUUCAAAACAUGGAGUGUCAUCACUGAAGGAUUUCAUAUGUAUUGAUUGAGGAGUUUAAAAUAGUUGGGGAGGGGGGGAUGAUUGUCAUUGAAGUAGAUGUACCUGAAAUUAUUUUUCACCUGAGGCAUAUCUACAUCUGAUUUCCCAUUGAGAAUAUUUAUUCCUCCCUUUACUGUACAGAAAGGCAAACUUAUUUGUAAGAUGAAGCAAAACUUGUGACUUUUUAAUAAGUACAUAAA